AUGGCCAUGGCGACAUCGGGCGCUCAAGUGAAACGCCCUUCUUCACCCCUCGACCAGAACGACUCCAAGCGGAUAAAACGUCAUUAUCAUCAUCACCAUCGUUUGCAAGCGCCCGUGGAUCUCCCUUCCACCUCCGAGCCAGUCGUCCAAGAUGACGCUCACCUUGACAUCUUGAUGAAUCGUGCAAUCGGCCGGACCUUGAAAGAUACAGGGUUUGAGAUAGCUGACCCAGCCGCCUUGUCGAGCUUUCGCAGUGCCACUGAGGAGUACAUGCUACGACUCUCCACAUUCAUCCGCCAAUCCAUGUUAUCUGCGCGACGCACUCAGCCUAUUCCCCAAGAUUUUGAACAUGCUCUGAAGCGUUUCCGCAUCUCUCCUGAUGAUCUUCUCCCUCACCUUAAAUCAGCACCUUCGGACGAACCCACUCCGACAUUAUUACCUUCCCCUCCACCAGAAAAUGAGAUCUCCAAGACUCUUCCAUUCCUCACUGCGCUGAGUAGCGAGGACGAUUUCGCCAGCCGCCCGUACAUUCCCAAACAUUUCCCAAGCUUCCCCAGCAAGCACACCUAUUCUGCCACUGCGGUCUUUAUCACGCGAGACAACGACCCGCGCAAGAUUCGAGAACGUGCUGCAGAAGAUGGACGGCAUGGUGAGGAAGCGCUACGAAAGUUGGCGAGCGCCGCAUUUCGCGACAAUCAGACGGGGUCGACCGGGCGCGAUAAAAAGCUCUGGGGUCGAAGAGCGGAUAGCAUGGAAAGCAUGUUUGAAAAGACGACCAGGGGGUUACUCAAAAGGCACGGAAAAGAUUUCCACAGCACAUUGACCAGCUCGGCUAUGGAUAUCGAUUCAGGACGCCCGGCAGAGGCCGACACAAAGUCCCGGCUGAAGCUUUCGUUGAAUAUGGAACUGGGUCCCAUCGUUAACUGCGAGCGAGAUUUAUGGCGUCAGACACCUUCGAAUGCACGAAGAACGGAGGAAAAGUCCACCAAGGCUCCUUUGAGUACCGAGCCCGCGGAGGUCAUGACUGGCAUGUAG